CUGUCAGAAUCCAGGAAGUGGUCUCUGGCUGUUGUUUGUGUUCGUUGGUCGCUAAUCGUCUCUGUUUUUUCUGCUUUAAUAUAUCGCUUUCACGGGCCGAAAUGGCGACGUUUAUUUCAGUCCCGUUGAAAAAGUCCUCUGAGGUGGAUCUGGUGAAACCGUUGUCGAAAUUUGUUACAGCCACAUAUCCAGCAGGCGAGGAGCAGGCGGAGUAUAUCCGCGCCGUGGAGGAGUUGAACAAGCUCCGCAGGAGCGCGUUAGGAAGGCCGCUGGACAAACACGAGAGCUCCCUGGAGAUCCUGCUCAGAUACUAUGACCAACUGUGUGCUGUUGAGCCCAAGUUCCCCUUCUGUGAAAACCAGCUCUGCCUAACCUUCACAUGGAAAGAUGCCUUUGAUAAAGGAUCUUUGUUCGGUGGCUCAGUCAAGCUCGCUUUGGCUAGUUUGGGCUACGAGAAGACAUGUGUGCUGUUCAACGCAGCAGCGUUGGCCAGUCAGAUCGCCUCCGAGCAGAAUCUGGACAAUGACGAGGGACUGAAGGCUGCAGCCAGAUACUAUCAGCUGGCCAGCGGAGCGUUUGGCCACAUCAAGGACACAGUGCUGUCGGCGCUGAACAGGGAGCCCACCAUGGACAUCUCCCCAGAGACCGUGGGCACCCUGAGCCAGAUCAUGCUGGCCCAGGCCCAAGAGGUCUUCUUCCUCAAAGCCACUUCAGAUAAGAUGAAAGAUGCUGUUAUCGCAAAGCUGGCCAAUCAGGCAGCAGAUUUCUACGGCGACGCCUUCAAGCAGUGCCAGUACAAAGACAACCUUCCCAAGUAUUUUUAUUUUCAGGAAGUGCUGCCGGUGCUGGCGGCCAAACACUGCAUCAUGCAAGCCAACGCUGAGUUGCACCAGAGUGUCCUGGCCAAGCAGAAGAAGCGCUUUGGAGAGGAGAUCGCUCGCCUGCAGCACGCAGCAGAGUUGGUGAAGACUGUGGCGUCUCGUUAUGACGAAUAUGUGAGUGUCAAGGACCUGAGUGACAAGAUCAGCCGCGCCCUCGCCGCAGCCAAGAAAGACAAUGACUUUAUCUACCACGACCGUGUGCCUGAGAUCAAGGAUCUGGAACAUAUCGGCAAGGCAGCGCUGGUCAAAUCCACCGCAAUCACACCUCCACUUAGCCAGAAAUUCACAGACUUGUUUGAGAAGAUGGUCCCCAUGGCGGUGCAGCAGUCUAUGAGCAUUUAUAACCAGAGGAAGGCUGAGACUGUAAACAGACUGGUGGGGACGAUGAGGGAGGCCACCAAUCUCUGUAACGGGGUGUUGGCAUCUCUCAACCUGCCAGCUGCUCUGGAGGACCUAUCAGGAGACUCUAUCCCACAAUCCAUUGCUGAGAAGGCCCGUGCCAUCGUUCAGAUGGGAGGACUGCAGAGCAUCGAGCAGCUAAUCAAAGACCUCCCUGAGCUUCUGACCCGCAACAGAGAGAUCCUGGACGAGUCCCUGAAGAUGUUGGACGACGAAGAGACGACAGACAACGAGCUGAGAACCAAGUUCAACCAGCGCUGGAACAGAACCCCUUCUGGAGACCUCUACAAGCCCCUCCGUGCAGAGGGAGCUAACUUCCGCAACAUCUUGGACAAGGCUGUGCAGGCGGACCAGGUGGUGAGGGACCGCUACACUGCCCACUGUGACAUGAUCACCCUGCUGUGUAAACCAGAGAACGAGCUCAAUGCUGCCAUCCCCUCCGCCAACCCCACCAAGACGCUGCAGGGCAGCGAGGUCGUGAACGUGCUGCGCUCCCAGCUCGCUCAGCUGGACGAGAUGAAGAAGGAAAGAGAGACGCUGGAGGGAGAGAUCAAGGCCGUGACCUUUGACAUGUCUACCACCUUCCUGACAGCGCUCGCCCACGACGGGGCCAUCAGCGAGGAGCAGCUGUCCCUCUCCCAGCUCGACCAGUUGUAUGGCAGCUACAACCAGAGGGUACAGGCCACGCUCCGCACGCAGGAAGACCUGCUGGGACAAGUUCAGACGUCCCACCAAGAGUUCAGCAGCCUGAAACAGUCCAACACAGAGGCCAACCAGAGGGAGGAGGUCCUGAAGAAGCUGGCUUCAGCCCAUGACAGCUACGUUGAGAUCAGCAACAACCUGCGCGAAGGCACCAAGUUCUACAACGACCUGACAGAAAUCCUGCUUAAGUUCCAGAACAAAUGCAGCGACAUCGUUUUCGCUCGCAAGACAGAGCGGGAUGAACUACUUAAGGACCUGCAGCAGAGCAUCGCCCGAGAGCCCAGCGCUCCAAACUUCAACGUUCCUGCAUAUCAGAGCACCCCAGCUGCCCCGGCUGCUGGCAACCCAACCCCUGCACCCAGGACCGUCUUUGCCCAGCAGCCUCAACAAGCCCCACAGCAGCCCCAGGCGAAGCCCAUGCCCCCUGCCAGGCCUCCUCCACCCAGCUUCAACCCUCAGGCAGCUUCAGCAGCUCCCACCAAUGCACCACCCACUGGCCCUCCCAACACCAACCCACCACCUGUGGCUCCACCAUCCCAGGCCCAGGGGCCACCUUACCCCAACUAUCAAGGCUAUCCAGGAUACUACCAGAUGCCAAUGGGCUACAACCCCUACGCUUACGGCCAGUACAACAUGCCCAACAUGCCCUACAUGCCCUACCAGCAGAAUCCAGGACAGGGAGGCUACCCAGCAGCCCCUCCUGCAGGACAACCGUACCCUGGCUACCCCCAACAGCCCCCCCAGCAGCAGCCCUACUACCCUCAGCAAUAAUUCCCCCCUCAGUCCCCUCGUUCCUCUUCUCACCAGUUAACACCAAAUAAAAAAUACCCCCAGCAAUAACACUUCAUCUCCAUUAGCUCCCUGUCCUCUCAUCUUUUGUUUUCUCUCACUAACAGCAGCUAUAGAAACCCUAGUGAAGGGGGACCUCCGAGCUGCUUUGCACUUUUCUCUGAAACUCUUUUAUUACUUUGGCACCUCUUUUUCCUGUCGCCCUCCCCUUUUUCUAUUCUAGCUCAAGUGGUCUGGGUUCGGACGGCACUUUUCUUCUCAACUUUCAUCAACGCACUAACCCCUCUUUUGCUUGUACGAUUAUUUUUUACGUAAACAUUUUCUAAUGGUUUUGUUAACUGUUUAAUUUAAACCCUAACUGGUUUCCACUGAUAACUGACUCUUCUGUCUGGGCUGGACUGCUGUACUACACUCACGGAGGAUCCUAGGACGGUUUCCUCGUUUCCUGGUUUGGGUGUGCAUGUUGGGUGGGCGGAUUGGUGGCCAUUACUAGUCAUGCCACUGAUGGGAGGGCACAGUCACAUCCUCACCCCCCCACCCACUCAAUCAACCCCCAGUGCUUCUGUAUCAACUAUAUUCCUAUUUUUGUAAUGAAUACUGAUGCCUCGCUGAUGUAUAAACCUAUAAAAACGAAUGGCCUGUAGGUUUUCUAAUGUAGAUGAUGACUGUUGAGACUUCUGCUCUUUUUUUCUCUCUCACCCAGGGAAUGUUGGUAUAUUUCUGUGUUACAAUCAGAGGCUAUACAAGUGGGAGAAAUGGCUCUAUUAUAUAAAUAUAUGUAUAAAUAAGACUCUGUAAGUGGUUAACCGAGACACUCUGUGUGCUGCACUCUCAUGCUCUUUGUGUUUAUUUUUAUUCCUCAGCUCUAAUGUGAUUAAAAACAUCAACUGCCA